AUGUCGUGGAAGUGCAACACAGGCAAGGCACUCACCUACCCUACCUACGAGGCCGACAAGACCAUGUAUCAGGCCUUAGUAGAGAAAAGCCGCACCACAGACUCAAUUUCAAUGCUUAUCGAGCUCAUGGAACUUGCACAAAGAAACCCAGAGCAAUUCGACCGAUGCGAAAAAAUCUCAAGGGACCCAUUCAUAUCAUUUGUUGAGAUAUGUGCUAUGCAAUCAAAACUCUCAACAAACAGAGGAUCUCGAGCUUUGAUAGAAGGGUCUCAAUCUGAUGUGUCUUCUCUCCCUGAUACCAAUACUACGUCAAUCCGGAGGAGCUUUCGAGUCCAGGAGAGGCAGAAGAUAGAAUUAUCCCGACCACUCCAAGGUAUCAAUUUCUCCGAGGAUGACUUGGCUUCCUACACCAUAGCCGAGGAUAGAAAGUCAAAUAAGCGAAAGCGAGAGACAACAUCAAUGAGCAAGGCUUCUGAGGAGGAGUGCAGUGCUAUGACUAUAGACACUCAGGGUCUUCAACCAAAGGUGAAGAGGCCCUAUAGAUGGAUUUUUAUAUUGAAAGAAACGAAGGAAAAGGAAAAGAAAGUAUGGGUCUGGCUGUCGAUACAGCCGUUCUGA